GGCCUACCAAAGUAUGAUUGCUAAAUUAUACAGAGUGAUCUUUUUUCUUCUUAUCCGGCAAGUCCAUAAUAUAACUGCCGUAAUUCUAAUUCCCUCGUCAGUUCACUGAAGCAAUGCAAUGUGGUCGGUCGCAAGACCUCGAAAUCUCUCUGCAUUGAAGCAGCUAGGGUUUCCUCCCUCCCUUCUCAAUCGUUGGCUAUGUUCCUCCGCUACGGAAAUGAUACCUCUGAGCGGCGGCGAACUCCGAAGCGGAGAGUUGCUGAAACUGGAUGAGGUCGAGAAAAUCCUCACCGAUGUCAAGGCAGACAACGUCCAAGUUAUCCCCAUUCAGAAACGCGACGAGUUCGCCGAUUUCAUGGUCGUCGCCACCGGACGGUCAGCCUGGCACGUCCGGAACAUUGCUCAAGCGCUAAUCUAUAAGGUUAAGCAAAAGCAGAAAGGGGCGAGAAGGAUGUUGUUGCCAAGCGUGGAAGGGGUAGAAGGAGGGAAGUGGAUUGUCAUCGAUUCUGGCAGAUUAGUAAUCCAUGCUUUUGAUGAGAAGGUGAGAUCGUAUUACAAUUUGGAGAAUCUUUGGGAUACAGAUUCAUCAAAAGGAGAUGAAGAUCAGGACAAGUAUUUGGAGAACGCGUUCGUUAAGGUUCGUCCUAAGAAUAAUUCUAAGAAACGCCCGAAAGCAAUUGCGCCCAACUCUUGAGAUCGUUACGGUUUAUGUUUUUUUUUUCAAUCGUUAGGGUUUAUGUUUAUUCUAAGAAGAUCCCGUUUUAUGCAUUCUGGAGAUUCCUAUGCUUGGAAUUUCCUUCUUAUUUGUGAAAAUCCUUGUUUGAGUGGAUAAUUCGUAACCAUUUUAUAUACUUUGGGAAUGAUAAAUUACUCAACAGUCUCAGAAUUUGUGUUUAAGCUUCAGGUUUGCAGUGUAUUUCAUAUUUAUGCAGUGUUCCAGGUUACUUUGUUUGUGGAUGCUUUUUCCCAUUUCCUAGUUAGUGCGUGGUAGGG